AGCAGGACUCCAGCGUUCAGAGCUGCUCAAGAUCUUUUGGGGAGCUCAAUAAACCUGAACAUGAGGUCUAUCACCGGAGCUGUCCUCAACAUGCUACUUCUGUUAUCUACUCAAAAUUGGAGCAAAGUGGAAGCUGGCAAUUCCUAUGAUUGUGAUGAUCCUCUUGUAUCUGCUUUGCCUCAGGCAUCCUUCAGCAGCUCUUCUGAGCUCUCCAGCAGCCAUGGUCCUGGCUUUGCCAGGCUGAAUAGAAGAGAGGGAGCCGGAGGCUGGUCCCCACUUGUGUCAAAUAAAUACCAGUGGUUGCAGAUUGACCUUGGAGAGAGAAAGGAGAUCAACUCUGUCACCACCCAAGGGGGAUAUGGGAGCUCCAGCUCUGUGACCAGCUACCUCCUGAUGUUCAGCAACAGCGGCAGGAACUGGAAACAGUAUCGACAAGAAGACAGCAUCUGGGGUUUUGCAGGGAAUGCAAAUGCAGACAGUGUAGUGUACUAUCGGCUCCAGCCUUCUAUCAAAGCCAGAUUUCUACGCUUCACCCCUCUAGAAUGGAGCCCCAAGGGCAGAAUUGGAAUGAGAAUCGAAGUGUUUGGAUGUGCAUACCGAUCAGAGGUGAUUGAUCUUGAUGGAAAAAGUUCACUUCUGUACAGAUUUGAUGAACAGUCCCUGAGCCCAAUAAAAGAUAUCAUUUCCUUGAAGUUUAAAGCCAUGCAGAGUGAUGGAGUUCUACUGCACAGAGCAGGGCCGAGCGGAGAUCAUAUCACACUGGAAUUAAAAAGAGGAAAACUCUUUCUACUUAUUAAUUCAGGUGCAGCUAAACUGCCCUCUACCCACACCCUGGUCAAUCUCACCCUGGGAAGCCUGCUGGACGAUCAGCACUGGCAUUCUGUGCUCAUCCAGCGUUUGGGCAAGCAGGUCAACUUCACAGUGGACGAGCACAGGCGUCGUUUCCACACACAGGGAGAAUUCAAUUACCUGGAUCUCGAUUAUGAGAUCAGCUUUGGAGGGAUUUCAGCACCUUCAAAAUCAGUAUCAUUCCCACUGAGCAAUUUCCAUGGAUGUUUAGAAAAUCUCUAUUACAAUGGAGUGGAUAUCAUUGAUUUGAUCAAGAAGCAAAACCCACAGAUCAUCAUGACGGGAAAUGUGUCGUUUUCUUGCUCACAACCACAGUCUGUGCCUCUGACUUUCCUGAGCUCCAGGAGUUACUUGGCACUGCCAGCCUUUUCCAGAGACGACGAGCUAUCGGUCAGUUUUCAAUUUCGCACCUGGAAUAAGGCGGGACUUCUGCUCUUCAGUGAACUGCGUCUCAUUUCCGGGGGUCUUCUCCUCUCACUCAGCGAUGGAAAACUUAAGCUGAAUCUCCAUCCACCGGGAAAAUUACCCAGUGACAUCACAGCAGGUGGAGGCUUGAAUGAUGGACAGUGGCACUCCAUCUCCCUAUAUGCGAAAAGAAAUCACCUGAGUUUGACAGUAGACAGCCACGUGACCUCCGCUUCUCCUCUGCUGGGGCCUGAAAUUUAUUCAGGUGGCACUUAUUAUUUUGGAGGUUGUCCUGAAAAAAGCUUUGCAUCAAAGUGUCAAAACUCACUUGGAGGAUUCCAGGGAUGUAUGAGACUUAUUUCCAUCAGUAAUGAAGUGGUGGACCUGAUCUCUGUUCAGCAGGGGUCUCUUGGAAACUUCAGUGACCUUCAGAUAGACUCCUGUGGCAUCUCAGAUAGGUGUUUGCCUAACUAUUGUGAGCAUGGAGGUGAAUGUUCUCAGUCCUGGAGCACCUUUCACUGUAACUGUACCAACACUGGCUACACGGGAGCCACCUGCCAUAGCUCUAUCUACGAGCAGUCAUGUGAAGCUUAUAAACACAGAGGGAAUACCUCAGGGUUUUAUUAUAUAGAUUCCGACGGAAGUGGUCCUCUGGGACCGUUUCUUCUCUAUUGCAACAUGACUGAAACUGCAUGGGCCAUCAUACAGCACAACGGCUCUGACUUCACGAGAGUCAGGCGUACUCAUCCCGAUCACCCAUAUGCUGGGAUUUUCGAGUACACAGCCAGCAUGGAGCAACUCCAGGCCACGAUUAACCGUGCGGAACACUGCGAACAGGAGCUUGCUUACUAUUGCAAGAAGUCACGGCUUGUAAAUCAGCAAGAUGGAACUUCUCUGAGCUGGUGGGUUGGAAGAACCAAUGAAACACAAACUUACUGGGGAGGUUCUGUGCCUGACCCGCAAAAAUGUACUUGUGGCUUGGAAGGGAACUGCAUUGAUGAUCAAUAUCACUGCAACUGUGACGCUGACCGGAGUGAAUGGACCAAUGACACUGGAUUCCUUUCUUAUAAAGAACAUCUGCCAGUGACUAAGAUAGUGAUUACAGACACGGGUCGGCCCCAUUCAGAAGCAGCCUAUAAACUUGGGCCUCUACUCUGCCAGGGAGACAAGUUGUUUUGGAAUUCGGCCUCCUUCAAUACUGAGGCUUCAUACCUUCACUUUCCGACUUUCCAUGGAGAACUUAGCGCGGAUGUGUCUUUCUUUUUUAAGACCACAGCUUUAUCUGGGGUAUUUCUAGAGAACCUGGGGAUUACUGAUUUUAUACGAAUAGAGCUACGCUCUCCAACCACAGUGACCUUUUCAUUUGAUGUGGGGAAUGGGCCUUUCGAAAUCUCUGUUCAGUCACCCACCCAAUUCAGUGACAACCAGUGGCAUCACGUUAGGGUGGAAAGGAACAUGAAGGAGGCCUCCAUUCAAGUUGACCAGCUGUCGCCAAAGGUACAGGUUGCUCCGGCUGACGGUCACGUCCUUCUACAGCUCAACAGCCAGCUCUUUGUGGGUGGGACGGCAACGAGACAGAGAGGCUUUCUGGGAUGCAUCCGGUCACUGCAACUGAACGGGGUCGCCCUGGAUCUGGAAGAAAGAGCCACAGUGACUCCCGGGGUACAGCCAGGCUGUCAAGGCCAUUGCGGCAGCUACGGGAAAUUGUGUCGCAAUGGAGGCAAGUGCAAGGAAAAGCCCAGUGGGUUCUUCUGCGACUGCUCUUCCUCUGCCUUCGUAGGGCCAUUCUGCUCCGAUGAGAUUUCUGCAUAUUUUGGAUCUGGCUCAUCGGUGAUUUACAAUUUUCAAGAAAAUUAUUCCUUAAGCAAAAACUCCAGCUCCCAUGCUGCUUCAUUUCAUGGUGAUAUGAAGCUGAGCAGAGAAAUGAUUACACUGAGCUUCCGAACGACAAGAACACCAAGCUUACUGCUUUAUAUGAGCUCCUUUUACAAAGAAUACCUUUCAGUUAUCAUUGCCAGAAAUGGAAGUUUGCAAAUAAGGUACAAACUAAAUAGAUAUCAAGAACCUGAUGUUAUUAACUUUGAUUUUAAAAGCAUGGCUGAUGGGCAACUGCACAACUUAAAGAUUAACCGAGAGGAAGGAGUGGUCAUUGUGGAGAUUGAUGAGAGCAUAGAGAGACAAGUGUACCUGUCCUCAGGCACUGAGUUCACUGCAGUCAAAUCUCUGGUCCUGGGAAGGAUGUUAGAGCACGGCCAUGUGGACCCCGACACAGCGCUGGCUGGCGCGCACGGCUUCACGGGCUGCCUCUCGGCGGUGCAGCUCAGCCACGUGGCCCCUCUGAAAGCCGCCCUGCACCCCAGCCGCCCAGCACCUGUCACCGUCACCGGGCAUGUGACCGAAGCCAGCUGCGUGGCCCCUGCUGGCACUGAUGCCACCUCCAGGGAAAGGACACAUUCAUUUGCAGAUCAUUCCGGAACAGUGGAUGACAGGGAACCCCUCACACAUGCAAUCAAAAGUGACUCAGCAGUAAUCGGAGGUUUGAUAGCUGUUGUGAUCUUUAUCUUGCUUUGCAUCACUGCCAUAGCUGUUCGCAUUUAUCAGCAGAAAAGGUUAUACAAAAGAAAUGAGGCAAAAAGGUCAGAGAAUGCAGGCAGUGCUGAAACUGUUUUGAAAAGUGAGCUUAAUAUGCAAAAUGCAGUGAAUGAAAAUCAGAAAGAGUACUUCUUCUGAUUGGCACCUGUGAUUUUACCUAUACCGAUGACAGUUUGUUUUAAUAGCCAGGGGCUCUGCAAUGGACAAGAACUGUUCUUACCCUGAAUGUACAGGCGAUGGAUUUGCAGCACUGCCAUCUCGCCCUGUCCAGGCUCGGAUGGCUCCAGGAGGCCUCAUAGAGUGACGUUCUUCUCAUGGCGGUCAUUCUGUGUAACAAAGAAUUAGACAUUGCUGUUAAUUUCCAGCUGUCCCAACAUGAUCUAAAACCAGUUUAACUUGCUCAGUGACUACAGUUUUUAAAUGUGAAAACUGUAGUACCAGUCUCUUAACUGUGUAAUACAUAAGUUUUGUUAGAGAUAAAAAGUCAAAAUUGGAUUCUAAUGACCUUGCUUUGUUUGAGAACAUAUGCUGCAUUUGCUUUAGUCUUCCCCUGGUGUUGUUCAUAGACCUGGAAAUGCUUCUAAGCUCCUGUUUGGCUGGUGUUUGCAUCUUCAGUGGCCAAAAUAUAUAAAGCCCUUUGCCUUUCUCUGUAUUACAUUCAAUACAUCAGUCGUCUGGAAAAAUGUUUUGUUGUCUUUGGCUUGUUUGUAUUGCUCUUUUUCUAUUUGACUCUUCUUAAUGAUUUUGGUUGCAUUUGCUUUUGAGUGUCUGAUUUUAGCUCUGAACAUACAAUUCGUUUGUAAAAAGACUCGAAGUGCGGUGGUUGUCCAUACGUGCUGUCUUACCUUUAAAAGCUUUCUCCUUUAUUUGUUAUCAGUGUUUGAUGGUGACAGUAAUUAAGACCCUGAGUAAUUCCAACUUCCCAAAGACUGUAAAAUGUUUUCAAUUAAAUGUGUUGAUUAUGUAGAAAAAACAAUUCUUAACACAGCAAAAAUUAUUUUUAAUUACAACUGUAAUACCUCGAAUGAAAUACACUUCUGAGAAUAUUUUCCCAAAACCUUAUGUCAGUUUUUUGUAGGUUUAUAUUUCUGUUUUUCCACAAUGUACCAUCAGCUUUUCUUGAUCUCCCAUGACUAUAUUCCAUGUAGUAUCUUCUUACAUAUUAGAAAAAAAGUAACAGAUUGAACUAUGGAGCUCCGUUUCCCAUGCUAAGCAUUCUAACAUAUGUACCCCUUCAGGCAUGAACUUUUAAUGUACACUUUUUGAAAUAUCAGCUGCAGCCAUGCCCCUUUUUCUAGACAACUGGUAGCCUAACUAAACAAUGUUCAUUGUAAGGUAAAAUAGCAUAUUACAUAAUGCGUACUAAAUCUCUCCUUCUAGUCACUUCCUUUGAAGAUGAUGGAGUUAGCUUCUCAGAAAGUAUCAACAAUCAAUGAAAUCCACUAACUAAUGCAUUCUGAUUCGAGUAUAUAUACACACUAGGAGAUUGAGGAAUUAUCAAUAACCUUAUAGAACUGUUACUUAAUUCUGAAGCCAUGUAAAUAAGAGACUUCCUUGGAACAAUCUCUGUGUUCCAUGAGACAGUUAACUAAUACAGGCACUUUGCUGUUCGUGCUCACACCUCCAAGUGCCUCCCAAGUAAAAAUUAGAUUCCUUAGUCUGGAUGUACUAGAAAAUCUAGAGAUAGGCACACUCAUCAUUACUGUCCUCUUACUUUAUACGCCUUCCUUGUUAGCACGUAUAAAACCUUUCUGUCUCUUCUCGUAGCGCUGCAUCCAUAUUGAUGUUUCUGUAAUGCCUGAAAAUUUGAAGGACCUGAAUUAGCGUAACAGUUCCUGAAGGGCUGCUGUUGGUAAAUGACGUACAGUUUUUUUAAAUUGGAAGACCUGUGGUGACAAGGGAAAGAUUUAACAUAGAAAUGGCAGUGUUUGUUCAAUGUAAAGAUGAAUGCAACCAUUACCACAGCUCUGAAUCUUUUCCAAGUGUUUGUUUUAUUUAGUGGCAGUAUUAACCUUGUCGGUGGGUAGAAUGUAGACAGGUUUGCAGAUGGUGAAGCUACAUAGUCCUCUGUGGUUUGCAUUGCUAGAGGCUGCAGCAUUUUGAUAUCAAAAUGCAUUGACAUGUUAUAGACCAUGGUUUUGAUUUGCUGAUUUGUAAUUGAUUCCUUUCUUUUUUCUUAAUAAAAUGCAUUUUUGAAAUAAAA